AUGGCGACACAAGCAGCCUUGAUCGCCGAUACAAUUAUCGGCAUGAAGCGAGCCUUGCGCCGCGAGCGCGAUGGUCUCUUCUUCUCCCGGCUAGAUUCGGGUCCAGACGACCCUAUCACGCAGCCGACCAACCGCGGCAACAAAAUGCAUGCGAAUGCGAAAUUCGUCAGUGAAGGCGCAAUGGGAUACAUCAAUGCGGAAGAGUUCUACAAAGAGAAAAUCGAUCACGCUGGAUACACACGGUACAUCUUGCACCGCAAUCCAAUCCGCUAUGACUCCGAAGGCGAUGAACUCGAAGAGGAGGAUGAAGAUUCUGAGGCCGAUGCUGCGGCCGCUGAAGAGAACCCGUUUUCGGGAAUCGCGUUAGAAACGCUCCUCUGCCCUUUGAAACACCCCUCCGAACUCCCGUCUCAUCCCUCCAUGUCUCAGCCCUACACAUCCGAAGCCCUCGAACAAAUGACCCUUGCCGUCGAGGAGAAGCUACGACAGGAAAGGGCUCUACUCUGGCGAGCACGAAAUCUGCACCGCCAAUUCCUAGGUGAUGGCGGGUGGAUUCCCUGCGGUAUCGUCGAAACCGGGGAAGAUCGCUACAUCUUCGAGCCGCGCGAUGACAGGCACAGUGCGUCCGCCAAGCAACAAAGACAAAAUGGCAUCGAGCCGUAUGCAAACGGUGAUCUCAACUCAGUCGAGAUCCAACAAGCACAAAACGAGACUCACCACGAAGCCAGCACGACCAACAACGACGUCGAGAUGGCGGAAAUUCCACUCGCAUCGGCGGAAAUCCCCAACCACGCCGAGACAAACGAGACUAUGAAGGUCCUCAAGUCCGAAGAGGCUGAUGCUACCGUUUCCGACCUCCCACAACACCCAACAGGCGCCGAGGAAUUGGCCCUAGAAAAGCGAGAAGAGGAAACGAACGGAAGUAAGAGAACUAAUGCAAACGACGUACAAGAUAAUGAGACCGAAGAGCAAGACGAAGAAAUGCACGAUGGUUCAUCUCCUGAACCACCCCGCCGUAUGACGACACGCGCCCAAGCCAACGCAGACAAUCCCGGAUCGCCCAUGUCCUCCACAGAAACACUCAGCGGACUACCCAACCCACACCCCCUCUUCCUAAUGCCCGAAGACGUCCGGCCGGAUGCGAAUUUUGGCCUACCACCCGCUGAAGCCGAAGAAACCCGCCGUCUGCUGUGGUCAUAUAUCCAGAAACAAGAAGAGACGGUACGCGGCUUCGAGCACAUGCUCGACUCGCUGUUGCGCGCUUUCCGCAUGAAAUCGGAUGUGCUGGAGUGGUGUAAAGCCGAGGGCCAUGUGGGGGAAAUGAGUGAUGGCGAGGACUGGUAUGAUCGUGAGAAAUGGGGGUUGGCGGAGAAUGAGGAUCUUAAGAAAGGGACUGAUGAGGAUGAGGUUGAGACUGUUGACGAGGCGAGGACGACGGCGAAGAGGGGGGAGGGGCAGAAGGCACGUGGUGUUGGUGGUGUUUGA